UCCUUUUGAGACUUGUAUGAAUUCCCUCAUUGUGAUUUCUUCACUGCGACCGCAUUAACUGUAAUCUUACCGGCUGAUCCCGUGAGAACAGAUGGUAGGGAUUAUGCCGCCAAGUAGCUUCCUCGUGUAUGAGUCUGCCUUCUCGGUCCUCGCAGUCAACUUCGAACUCACAGGAAAAUAAUUCUAUGUAUCCAAACCCCCCGUCAGGGUCAAGUGCCUAGUCAAGUACCUCACAAGAUGUCGAAAUCGCCAUUUCAAUACGCUGAAGACCCAGUGCCUUCUUAUGAAGAGAGCGUCCGCUCAACACCAACCAGGUCGCCCCUUCCUCAGCAGACCCUUCCUCAGCAACUUGAUGACGCUCGCCUAAGUCGCGUUCGAAAUAUUCUUUCCACUUAUGUCGACCCUCUCCUUGCAGCCCAGGGGGCCUCGGGGAUCUAUAACGCUGUCUUUCUUCUGAUACCAUCUAAUGUGGACUCGCUACAACAACAACAAUCUAGCUCUGAAUAUUCAUACUCCACCCCGAAAGAACCAGAAGUCGUGGGCUUCGCAUCCACCGAUGUUGUCAAACUCAUUCGCUUGAAAGGCGAGGAGCAUACUAUAGAGUUCUGGAGACAGCCUGCCGUAAUUGAGGAACUGGGGAAAGGCUUGCGCAUGCGUUUGGAAAUGAGUGGCCACCGUGUCGAAAAGAACGAGAGUCCUGAGCCGGUGCCUGAACCAGCACCUUCCAAACCAACAUCGCCACCGCCAAGCGAGAAGAAGGCAUCAGGCUGGUUUCGAUCCAAGCCGAAGAAGCAAUCAAAGUCAUGGCUGAACAGCACAAUUCCAUCCGAAGCGACCAUCACCGAUCACAAACUGGGAUGGCGCGAGAAACAUGAAGAUGUCGACCUCAGCAAACCUUUACGGCGGGGCUUAGUCAGGGUGCGUGUCGAAUGGAAGGAAGUCUGUUUGCGAGUAGAAAAUGAGCUGGGUUUGUUUGAAACACGCAAGGGACCGGGUGUAUGCUUGUUGGUUGACGUUGGAAGUUGAUAGAUAUGAGAAUUUUUCAUUGCUUUAAAAUAUCACAUUUCU